AUGUGGCAAGACUGGAACGAUAUCGAAACGGGGCGUUUGGACACGUACAUCUCAGGCCUUUACAGCCAUGGUGCUUUGGCUCAGCGUCAUGCGGAAAGCCUGCGAGAAAUUGAUACACUAUCUUCAUUCUCGAGCUUGAGAUAUCGAAAGAAAAAGCCUAAGCCUCUAUGCAAUGUUCCCAAGACUUUGAAGCCCCGUUCAGAUCAGAGCCGAGAGUCGGCCACGCCCAGGAGGAUUGAGGGAAGGGACAUUGGUUGUCUUGAGUCUUUGGCCCUGAGCAGCUCCUGUUCCGUGUCAGAAGGCGAGCCAGAGGACGAGAAAUCCUACAAUGAUCUGUUGACGUUUGGGUUCGAAGCAUCGCCAGAUCAAAAUUCUUUGAAUGGUCGGAAAAGCAGGCUUGGGCUCUUGGAAUUGCCUUCAGACAUUCUGCUGCUGAUAAUGAAGCAUGUCAGCGAGUGGCCUCUGGCUAUGUACUGGCUUCGGCAUACUUCGGCCAUAUUCAUGACAAUUUUUGACAAGGACGAGUUCGCACAUCUCCACGAGGCUUCCGAUUCAUACAGUUGCCACAAAGCCUUCGAUCGUUCUCGGUUGACGCGGGGGAGCCUCUACGUGGCAAGUGUUCGCCUUCUCCAGCACCUCCAUUGCGAUUCUUGCCAGGAGAUGUUCACGAGCGGCACCUGGAGGCAACGUUGGCAGAAGCUCCACUCACACUACUACUGCUCGGGUUGCAAAACAAACCACAGUGCCUUCAUGUUCUUGUCAGAAGACAGGGCGAGGCACGAUCUUUGCGGAGGCAGACUGCUUUGCAUAGGACGCCAGGGGGAGAUCUCGCUAUGCUGCCAUAGCCAAGGUCAUUUUGACGCGACCAACAAACGCACCAUGUGGCGGGACAUGGAUGCCCUUUCCAGGAGGACCGAGACUACAGCGGGAGCUGCCGAGGAGUAUGGACGCUUUUGUGCGCACCCAUCACACGAAUCCGUACGAAGCGACAGCAAAAUCACGAGCAGUAUGCUUGGCAUACACGGAUAUCCGAGGCUCAUUGCGUUUAGCGAUGCUUCAAGUCCUGGAUCGCAUGUUGUUGUCGAGUAUGGAUGGGAUCUGCCGCUCCUAGAAAUACCCUCGUCUUUCACGCCUAGUCUACGUGUUCUUCAGGGUGAGCUCUCGAGCUUGGUUGUGCAAGCCCUCGAAGAACAUAAGAUAUGUCCACACGUCUCACCGGACAGAGAGAUCCUCGAGUUCGUCCAGACAGGUAUCUGCCAUUGUUUCAGAACCGAGUCGUCUUGGCCCUCGGAGGCCGGAUUAAACUCUUUAAAGGGUCAAGGUUCGAAAAAUUGGCACGAUCUCAACCAAUCUUGUCGGUGUGGAAGGAAAUCCUUUUUCAGAUGUCGCGAGUGUGGUGCGUCGUAUAUGUGGCGCCUCUUGCGUGGUUACGUCUCUUUGAGCUUCCGUCACUCCUGGCGCAUAAAGAAGCCUAUCAGUGUGGGUUGGAUCAGCCUACUUGAUCAGCAGUGGCGGAACAAAAUCUUUGACGAAGGAAGCAGGCACCUAUUAUGGUGUGACAAUAAGGACUGCCGGACACACACGUCUCAGCCUUGGGAUGUGCUAGUGAAAGAUGAGGUUUCAUGGGAUUCUUCCGACCACCCAGCUGGUGAGGGUGAAUGUUCUGACUUGGCUUUGAUGGAGCUACUUGAAGAGCAGCAUGCCUUUCGAGGCUGGUAG